GCAAGAUCUUUAGUGGGAGACCGCAACCGUUAGAACAACCGUUAGCGCAGCCGUUAGAGCAACCGUUAGCGCAGCCGUUAGAGCAACCGUUAGCGCAGCCGUUAGAGCAACCGUUAGCGCAGCCGUUAGCGCAACCGUUAGAGCCGCCGUUAGAGGUCCCGCUCCGCGGCAGUCAGCAGGGCAGUGCUCUGGUGGCCGUGAGUGUAGUGAGGAGCAGUCAAGGCCUUCUGCCCUGGCCUUGCAGAUCCUCAGGGCCAGCAGAUGUUGAGUGAUGGCUUCAUUGGACACUUUUGGAGGGUCCACCUAGAUUCUUUUAAAGACCCUCAUUUAGGAGCAUUCCAGGGAACCCUGAGGCCAACAGCUGCAACUGGAUUUCUGCUUUGAAAGCUUGUUGCUUUUGAAGUACAAGGGAGUGUUCCAUAGGAAACAGCUGGGAGCAUAAGCUUGAUAAAUUUUCAGUGCAAGCCAGACUUGAGGGCUAAUUGUUGGAGGUCUGUUAGACCAACAAUCAAUUUGUGGGAAAAAAAAAAAAAGGGAACAAAUUUAUUUUGAUUUUUCUGAAAAUCAGGAGCUAUUAAACACAAGUUGACUAUCUGGCCAUACCAAAAGCAAAAUAAAGGUGACUGAGAAUCUUCCGGAAGCAAUGAUGCAGGAAGAUUGGUGGUUUGGGGAUAACAGUUUUGAGAGGAUUGCAGAAAGGGCGUCCCAGAAACAAAGGGACAAGUGACCAGUGAGAGUAUAGAAUACAGAUAUGGUGGUUGGAGAUCCAGCAGCUGUCGUGGGCAAUGAGGCAGCUUUGAUGACGGAAGCCUCUGGUUGAGGAAGGUAGAAUGCAAAGAUAGAAGACAACCAGGUUACUAUGACUUUUGAGCCUCUAUAUCAGCCUUAGAUUGCCUAUCUUGGGACUUCUAUGCGAGAGAAAAAUAGAUCCUACCAGCCAUCCCUCAUCAUCUUCGUGUUUUAGGAAACAACAUCCUUGAGGAAGGGAAGAGUUGAUGAAAUCCAAGAAAUAGUUGAAGGUUGGUUGCCUGACGUGGAGUCAAGGACCCAGUGUUGGUCCCAGGGCUGCUCAUGGAGGGGAAGGUGCAUCUCCGCUGCAUCGCGGCAAGUCUUCCAGACCUGUCUGCAGCUCUUCCUGUAACCAAGUGGCCUUUUCCUGUGUUUAAACUCACCACCAAUGGCAAUCCUACCAAAGGAUCUCAAGGCGCUUGGAGAGGACCUGUCAGUAGAAGAAUAGACCUAUAUGACCACUCUGGAGAAAGAUUAUGGAAAAAUGAGCUCUACUGAACAACUGAAGUACUCAUCUGAGAAAAAGAGAACGAAGUAUUGUUCCUGUUCUCUUUCUUAAGUCAUUCGAAACACUGUCCCUGCGAGUUCUUUAAGUUCCCUGCAAUCUGUACACAAGGAGGCAGAAAGAGAGGGAGAAAGACAGAGAGACAAGGGAUCAGGUAAACCUCGGGGGCGGCUGCAGCCUCUCAGACUCAGGAGCUGGAAAAUUGCCAAGGAUGCAGAAGGAACUGAAGAUGGUCAAAGACGAAGAUGUGCACUUCAGUUUGGGUGUGAAGAGAGCCCCCUCCUUUCCCCACGGCCUGCAGCCCAUGGUUUCCCGAGGGAAGGCUCCCCCAGGACACCCCUUCCCGGAAGCGCUCCGGGGGCCGUUUUCCCAGUUCCGGUACGAGCCUCCUCCAGGGGAGCUAGACGGCUUCCCAGGGGUCUUUGAAGGAGGAGGGUCUCGCAAACGCAAGAGCAUGCCCACCAAGAUGCCCUAUAACCACCCCGCGGAAGAAGCGGCUCUCGCCCUGCACCCCGAGGAGAGCAAGAACCCGGGGGCCCCGGACCUCCCCCUACUCUUCCCGCCGCCGCCGCCGCCGCGGCCCAAGUACGAGUCGCGGAUGAUCGACCUGUGCAACGUGGGCUUCCAGUUCUACCGCAGCCUGGAGCACCUGGGCGGCAAGGCCGUCAAGCAGGAGCCUGUGAAGCCCAGCGCCGUGUGGCCCGCGCCCGCGGCCCCUCCAUUCCUGCCCGCGCCCUACCCCUACUACCCCAAGGUGGCCCCGGGCCUCGUGUUCCCCUUCUUCGUGCCCUCGGCCUCGCCCUUCCCCUUCAGCCGGCACACUUUCCUGCCCAAGCGGCCGCCGGAGCCGCCGCUGCCCCGCAAAGCCGAGCCGCCGGAGAACGAGGAGACCAAGCAGAAGGUGGAGCGGGUGGACGUGAACGUGCAGAUCGACGACAGCUACUACGUGGACGUGGGCGGCGCGCAGAAGCGCUGGCAGUGCCCCACGUGCGAGAAGUCCUACACCUCCAAGUACAACCUGGUGACCCACAUCCUGGGCCACAGCGGCAUCAAGCCGCACGCCUGCAGCCGCUGCGGGAAGCUCUUCAAGCAGCUGAGCCACCUGCACACCCACAUGCUGACGCACCAGGGCACCCGACCCCACAAGUGCCAGGUGUGCCACAAGGCCUUCACGCAGACCAGCCACCUGAAGCGCCACAUGAUGCAGCACAGCGAGGUGAAGCCGCACAACUGCCGCGUGUGCGGCCGCGGCUUCGCCUAUCCCAGCGAGCUCAAGGCCCACGAGGCCAAGCACGCCAGCGGGCGGGAAAACAUCUGCGUGGAGUGCGGCCUCGACUUCCCCACCCUGGCCCAGCUGAAGCGGCACCUCACCACGCACCGGGGCCCCAUCCAGUACAACUGCUCCGAGUGCGACAAGACCUUCCAGUACCCCAGCCAGCUGCAGAACCACAUGAUGAAGCACAAGGACAUCAGGCCCUACAUCUGCUCCGAGUGUGGCAUGGAGUUCGUGCAGCCCCACCACCUCAAGCAGCACUCCCUCACCCACAAGGGCGUGAAGGAGCACAAAUGUGGGAUCUGCGGGCGGGAGUUCACGCUGCUGGCCAACAUGAAGAGACACGUGCUGAUCCACACCAACAUCCGCGCCUACCAGUGUCACCUCUGCUACAAGAGCUUUGUGCAGAAGCAGACCCUCAAGGCGCACAUGAUCGUCCACUCGGACGUGAAGCCCUUCAAGUGCAAGCUUUGUGGGAAGGAAUUCAACCGGAUGCACAACCUCAUGGGCCACAUGCACCUGCACUCCGACAGCAAACCCUUCAAGUGCCUGUACUGCCCCAGCAAGUUCACCCUGAAGGGGAACCUGACGCGCCACAUGAAAGUGAAGCAUGGGGUCAUGGAGCGGGGCCUCCACUCUCAAGGUUUUGGAAGGGGGAGAAUUGCGCUGGCGCCGACGGCGGGGGGCCUGCGGAGCCUGGAGCAGGAGGAGCCCUUCGACCUGUCCCAGAAGCGCCGGGCCAAGGGGCCAGCCUUCCAGUCGGACGGGGAGAGCGCCCGGGGCAGCUCCUGCCACGAGGAGGAGGACGAGGACAACUGCUACGAGGUGGAGCCGGACAGCCCGGGCAUCGGGCCCCGCGGCCCAGCGCUCUGCGCGCCCCAGGACCUGCCUGCCAAGCCCGAGCCGGGCCCCGGGGAGGAGGCGCCCGCCGAGGAGGCCGCGCCUCCGGGGGCCCGCCCGCUGAAGAGCCGCGACAGCCUGGGGCCCGAGGGCAGCCCCGAGCGAGAGUUCUCCCGCAGAGACGAGCGGCCCGGCCUCAGGGUCCUGCCGAGCACCCGGCGGGGCCCAGCCUUUUCUGAUUACUUGUACUUCAAGCACAGAGAUGAGAGUUUAAAAGAAUUACUGGAGAGGAAAAUGGAAAAACAAGCAGUGCUUUUGGGGAUCUAAGUGGACGGUUUAGGAAUGACACUUGGAAAAUGAGAACUAGGCAGUGCAAAUACAGCUUUCCGCAUGAACUCUCAUUUGCUGGAGACGAGAAGGGCACGAAUCUUGACAAAGGGCGCAGACUAAAUGAGCAGGGAAGCAAAUGCUUCUCGGGUCUCGCAUUUGGGCCCUUGAUGUUUAACACACAUGGAGGGCCUUCUUCAAUGUUGUUUCAUGGAUCUCCAGUACAAUUAACUGUACAUACUCACUCUUCUGGACAUCUAACUGUAAGCUGAUGCUGAGGUGCUUUUAGAAAUUCUACUUUCCAUUGACUAACAUGGUUGAUUUCUUUCUAGUUGCAAAAAUAUGGUGCUUGACAUGUUACUUUAUUAAUGACUCUUUAGUUGAAUUUGUGAAAGUUUAUGUUUUUCCAGAUAGAUGAAAAUAGUAGUAGUGGUAUAUAUUUUUAAAAUCACUUUAUUAAAUAAUCAAAAAAUAGCCGAAAUGACAGAGGAGGGUGAGUUUUUAUUUUUAUUUUUUUUACAUUUCUUUUUUUCCCCCCAUUUAUUUGAGGGUGAGUUUUUAAAGAGGAUGGUCUUGAGUAGUUGCUGCAGAUAUAAAAUUUCAAGAGAAAGUGAUUAAUUUUGAUUAAGGAAAAUCCAGCAGGACUUAGAUUCCUGCCUGGGUCUGCCUUGUUCCGCUUCGGCUCCCUUCAUCAGAUGUGGCAUUGGAGCAUGCUUGCAGAUGGUCCAGCAGUACUGAGUGUCUGCAGGCUAACUCUGAGUCCUGAGCAGGGCUCCCUCCUGGAGACCUUGCUCCAAGGCCUCAUGCCCUGUAAAGCAGCUGCAGGAAGAGUUGGCACCCUGUGAGCAGUGGAUUUCUCAUUAGUGCUGGAGCUGCAGGGUGGUGGGGGGCGGGGAAUUCUCCCUGAGAUUGAAGCUCUAACUUAUCUAGAGUAUUGGAAUAACCAUCACUAGGAAAGCAGCUGCGGAGCUGUGUUCCCAGUGCUGCCUGCCCAUUAGAGUCAGCUCAGUAUAGUAGUGUUAGCUACUCAGUCGUGUCCAACUCUUUGUGACCCCACAGACUGUAGCCAGCCAGGCUCCCCUGUCCCUGGGAUUCUCCAGGCAAGAAUACUGGUGUGGGUUGCCAUUUUCUUCUCCAGAGGAUCUUCCCCACCCAGGAAUCAAACCCAGGUCUCCUGCAUUGCAGGCGUAUUCUUUACCAUCUGAGCUAUAGGGAAGUCCCAGAAUCAUCUCAGAGAGACUUUUUAAAAAAUACUAAUGCUGGGGCCCUGAGCCUCUGAGGCCCUGAUUUAACUGGUCUAGAGUGGAGCUCUGGCAUUGGUUAUUUUCCAAAUUGCCCCAGAUGACUCUUAUGUGUAGCGAGAGUUGAGAAAGAUCAACUAGGAUAAAAUAGUGGCUUCCAAGACCCCCUUGCAAGGAUUCCAUAAGUAUUUCUGCUUCUGGCUUUACUCAUUAAGAUAGAAAGCAGGAGACCUUGCAAUCAUUCUGCUGACUUAGGCCUUCUUACCUGUUCUGUCAGAGCCUCACGAGAGGAGACACACACACAUGCUGUAUAAACACACUUUUUUUUUUUUUUACUAGGAGAUGAUGCCUGUGAUGUUUAUGAUCACUUAAUAUGUUUAAAAAUACAUAGUCAGGCUACAGUGACUAAUUAUUUCUUCCUAGAUUCGUGAAUCAUGAUUCCAGUGAGUGGUGGUGACUGUGAAGUGUGGUUUGCGCCCAGCAGGUGGGCUUUCCUUAGGCACUGGAUUCUGACAAAUAAAGCAGUGCUGACAAGAUGUCACAUACAUGUGACUGCCCAUAAGCAGUGACCCUCUGGUACUGUGUCUGUGUUUAUGUAAAAACUGCUUCUUGGUAGUUUCAACUCUUAUUUGUAGAGCUAGGUACUGUUUAUUAUUUGCUUCUCCUCCCAAAAUUCCCAGUACAUUUCAUUAGACAGUCUGACCCAUCUCUGACUGUGGGAUGCCGUUUUUUUCUCUUGGUCAAGGUGCUUCCCCAUCAGCCUCAUCUAGUUCUCAUCAGUCACGCAUGCACUUUGUCAGUCCCCGAGGCAGUUCCUCCUGCCACUUUGCUUAGGGCUCCUUCCUCCAGCAUUACCACCACAACUUGCCCAAGCUGCUUGAGUUCCCUGCAGCCGUCCUCGUCUCAGGGUCAGGGCACCUGCAAGGGGGUGGUAAAGGGAGGAGCGUGGGUUUCUGCCGUCACCAGAGCAACUGCGAGUCAAGAACCCAUCCAGAGGAUCCAAACCUAUCCUUCCAAGGGGCUAUUUGCUUUCCAUUCAUCAUUUUUAAUAUAGCUCAUCAGUGCCUCCAGUGACAUCACUGGGAGGCUGGCAAAGUGGUCUCUGAAGCCUCCAGUUCUCAGGGGCCUGUUACAUAUUCAUUCUUUCAGCAGCCAGGUGUUGAGCGCCUGCCAUAAAGCCUGCAGAUUUCAGUUUGUUCUGAGUGUGCCAAACUAGAAUAGGAACUAGGAGAUCUUGAAUAGCAAGUUAUAGACUUUUCCACCCAAAAAGAGUCAGGUGGGAGUGUUUGAGGAACAAGUUAAUGUUGAGAUGGAAAGAGCAUGGUCCAGAAUGGUGGUUUCCACAUUGUGUGUUGAGAAGCAAGAGGUCCUCUUAGGCCUUCUAGAGCUGCUAGAGGAGGAGAAAUUCUCAGCCUUCAUCCCCACUUCACUCAGAGCAGCUCCAAUUCCAUCUGUUUUAUUUGUUAGACUUCCAAGUAAAAUUUCAUUUGGAGGAAGAAAAAAGGCUCUAGGAAAAGUAAUAAAAAAAAAUUGUUAUGGAAUGUAUUCUCAAGCCUGUUUUUCAUUCUUGACUCUGAGAGACUAUAAGAGACUUAGAUAUAAUUAGAUAUUACCUGCUGAUUAAUACGCCCUGACCUUCCAAGAACCAAGUCUAAAACCUUGGUUUUGUGUGUGACCAACAUCCUGAUUUGCCUGGAACAACCCAGGUUUAUACCUCUUGUUCCCACAUAGUCACUAAGAGUGUCACCUUAACUCUCAAAAAUGUUCCAGUUUGGGUGAUGAAUUAUAUGGGCACCCUAUGCAUAAGUACAGAGUACAGAGCUAAGGGAAGGGAUGGCCAGCCUUGCUUAGAGCUGUUAAUAAUGAGCCAGAACGCAAGCCUGGAAGAGAAGCCAUAAGGCCUUUCUCAGAGAACUAAGGGAUGAAACCAAGGUCAUCAGCACUUCCCGGGCCAGGGUAGCAUGACAUCGAUCACAUUGUGACGCUAUGAAAGUAGGCCACUGCCGAUGCUUUCCAGGCUUUUGACUGCUGUCUUUGAACCAACCAACUGACCCAUCCAAGUGGCAUAUUUUCUGUUGAUCUUUUUAUUCUAGCCUAUGAUUGCCCCCUUUUGUUGCCUUUCAAUUCAUUCUCUGUUUUUAAAAAUUUGCCUUCCCACUGGCCGUGAGACUAAGGCUGACCUUCCAUGAUCUCACAAGGGUAUCCGGUAUAUUUGUAUAUGAGUAGUUGCGUGAGGCAGCCCAAUGUGCACACUGUAUUUAUUAAGCCCUGAAGGCAUUUAAUAAAAUAUUAACAUCGUGUUUUGAAUUAUGAUCUUUGUCUGCUUUGCUGGAACAAAAUGUAACAGAACUAACAUUUAAAAUCCUUCACAUAUUUGGACAAUAUUACACCAAAUGUUGAUUUUGUACAGAAUUCUGGCUUGCUAUUUAAAACUAAAACUUGAAGUAUUAACAACCCAAGUUGUGAAUAUUGCUUUCUGCUUCAGUGAAAAAGCAGUUUACCUGAAAAUAGCAUGUAACCUAUAUUUUGUUAAUUUAAGCAAAUAAACACAUGUUGGAAAAAAAAAA